AUGGGAACCCCACCCUUUGAUAUUUAUGCAAUUGCUGAUACAGGUAGUGAUCUACUAUGGACACAAUGCCAACCAUGUAAAGCUUGCUACAAGACCAACUUUGGCGUUUUUGACCCGAGAAAAUCCUCAACUUAUAGGAACAUUACUUGUCGUGCAAGCGACUGUAGACUCGUCGCCCUUUCCAGACCAUUAGACUAUCAACCAAACUUUUGUAGAGAAAAUCCUAAAGGACCUUGCUUGUACAGGUAUGCGUAUAUGGACACGUCAUCCUCGACGGGUGCAUUGGCUAAAGAAACAGUUACCUUGACAUCCACUACUGGUAAAGUCGUAACCCUAAAAGAUAUUAUCUUUGGGUGUGGGAAUGAGAACAAUUCAACUAUAACUGGAACUGAAAUGGGUGUUAUUGGGCUUGGACGUGGGCCCUUGUCAUUUGUUUCUCAAAUUGCUCCCUAUGUUGGAGGAAAAAGAUUCUCACAUUGCUUGGUGCCAGAUCCCAACAUUGAAAGCAAGAUCUAUUUUGGGAAUGGGAGUGAAGUGUUGGGUGAAGGUGUGCUGACAGUACCUUUGUUCGAUGAACAACCAGGCGGGAGUAACUAUUAUGUGACAGUACCAGGAAUUACCAUCGGAAAUGACUUUGUUCCUUUUAACUCAACAGGGACAUUGCUCACGAAGGGUAACAUGUUGGUCGACUCAGGUACACCUAUGACAUAUUUACCACAAGAAUUUUUUGACCGAGUGGUAGCUCAGCUAAAAAAGACAGUUGAAUUGGAAUCAUUCAUAUCUCCGGAGGAUUCUACCCUUUGCUUCAACUCCACAACGGUUCCAAAAUUCCCAACAGUGGCUUUACAUUUUGAAGGUGGUGGCGAGCUGCCGUUGAAUGAGACCCAAUUAUUUCAGAGAAAUGAAGAGACCAAGGCAUUUUGCUUUAUGAUGGUGAACACCACUACUGAAGAUUAUGGUACCUUUGGAGGUUCUCUUCAAAUAGAUUUCUUGAUUGGUUUUGACUUGGAUACAAAAGUGGUAUCUUUCAAGCCAACUAAUUGUGCAAACUUCAACAAAAGCUAA